AUGGGCCAGAUGGAUAACAAGAAAGCUCUCGAAUGCGAGAGCCUUCCACUCGAAAAGGGACCUUACAGAACGUACCAACCGGUGAAUUCUUACUGGCACAAUGACUUGGGAAGACUAAAGUUACACGAUGUUCUAGUGUCGAUCACUAUAACGGUCGCGUUCAUAGCAUAUAUGGUUCGUUUUCAUGCCUCUGAGUUCACCAGUAAUCCAAGUGAAGCAGAAAAUGAGAUCUUAAUUGCCAUUGAGUACUAUAAGUUGGGCAAGUUUCGCCUAGUGGCUUUACCUCCAUUCGGGAUUCAAUUGUUGUCUCUAGUGCCCUUGAACAAGGAAAUUUUACGUCAAUUGUCUCUCACUUUCUCAUCCUUGACUCUAGCAGUGUUGUACCUUACUCUUAGGAGAGUGGACACUUAUUUGCCUUUCGCCCUUGGUUGUGUUACCGCCAUUGCAUCUCUGCCAUUAUACCAGGAGGAGUCGGUAUCCGUUUCUGUUGAUACUUUGCAAUGGCUACUUUUAGCACUUUCAUUCUACUCAUGGCGUACCGUUCUAUGCUCACGAAUAUUUUCUAAAAAGUGGUUUAACUACAUGAUUCUGCUAUCGAUUACAUUAGGGCUUAGUGCAUCUACAAAGUUUGCAGGAACUUUUGUAUGCAUUUGGAUUGCUACACUAGCGAUGAAAGGAUUUUGGAGUGUGCUAGGUGAUCCCAAGUUAUCAGUGAGCUAUUUGUUAAAGUAUACACUUUUUAAAGUGUUGUUCCUUGGUAUAAUCCCAUUCGCAAUCUUCACCUCAUCCUACGCUUUGCAGUUGGGUCAUUGGUCAGAGGAUUCUCCUGAGUUCUCACAGUACAUGACUCCAAAUUUCAAAGCUUACUUGAGGGGACCCAUUGAACAACCAAAAUUCUUAUACUACGGCUCAAUCGUUACGCUACGUCAUGUGGACUCGCUAGGCGGGUAUUUGCACUCUCACAACCACACCUAUCUGGGGGGAUCGCAGGAACAACAGGUCACUUUGACGCAGGAAGAAAACGAUUAUAACAACCAAUGGAUAGUUGAGCCAGCAAGACCCAAGGCAGACGCGGAAUUGAAAGAAGUGAAGGAUUUCGGUAAAAUUAGAUUGAGGCAUCGUGCUACAGGUAAGCUUUUGCGAGCAUCAUCUGCUAAACCGCCUGUCUCGGAGCAGGAGUACACUUCAGAGAUUUCAUGUACCGGUGAUGCUGACUAUGUCGGCGACUCCGAUGAACUUUGGACUGCGAUCUCUGUUGGUGAUCCACUCCACUCACCAAUUAUGCCAAUAAAAUCUGCAGUCAAGUUUUUGAACGAAGGUCAUCGCUGUACAUUGCUUUCGCAUGACACUAGACUGCCUGAAUGGGCUUUCUACCAACAGGAAGUUUUGUGUGUACAAUCUCCCAACGAAGCUAGAACACUAUUCGAAUUUGAGACUUUACAAUUAAACACUACAGAGGAAAUUGAAUACAGCGCUUCAGGCUGUAAUUGGAACAGUAUUGUGGGUUUGAAAAGUCUUUUAAUCGAAUUAAUACAAAGACAAUAUAAAUGGAACAACUACGUACCAGGAUUUCAGCAUGAACCGAACUCCGAAAAAUGGCCCUUUCACCUGUUUAAGCAGAGGUAUGUCAAUCAUAUUUGGUUAUCCUCUGUAUUGUAUCCGAUUUGUUUCUUCAUCUACCAGACUCUAGUCGCUUUGAUAUGGGAUAUUCCAAGCACCACUGUGAGUAAAGCUCAGGCGUCCUGCAAUGUCAUCUAUUUUGACUUUGCAAUAGAGUGUAUCCUUGGAUGGCUAAACCUUUAUCGUCCAAUGCUUGCCUAUCCAUUUGCAGAUCAAAGAAUAGUAACCUACCUACCGAGCUUGAUACUUGGCCAGCUACUGGUAUGGAAAGCGAUGGACACCUGGACUAAGACUCGCCCUUGGGUUGCCGUCCCACUAUGCGUUUAUGUAGCCUACACGGUACGCCCUUAG